UCGAGUUCGUCGUGCGUAUAGCCAUGGCAAACGCAGAGGGAUAGACAGGCCACUUACUUGCAGGCGCGCUGGUGGUGGCCAUGGUUCUGCUAGAGUUUAGAGAUCGAUGGCGGUUCACGUGGUGCUUCUCGCCGUGCCGGCAGUGGCGGGCGUGUUCCUGCAGGCGUUCCAGUUCGCGUUCCUGCUGUGGCCGUUCAACCUCGCACUGCCGCUCGCGCGCCACCUGCCGCGGGCAUGCAUCACGCUCCGGAGGGUCACGUCCUUCUACGCCGCCGAGCUGCGACGCUACGUCAGCGGCGGCGCCCGGCGCGGGGUGCAGCUACUGCCACCACGGCGGAGCCACCAGUACGCCUCGCUCCGCGGCGUGCAGCAGAGGACACACGAGGAGGUCCUCGCGCACGCCAUGAUUGCCCUCGUCGACAUUUCCUACUGAGAUAUGGACACCAAUCCGCAUUGCCGAGUGUUGAGUGAUCCAUUGCAUCCUCGGGCUAAUUGCUCAGUUUUUUCCCCGAAGUGACUGUCUUGGAAUGGUUAGCUUGUCAUUUUCUUUUGAUAUUGUACAUAGUUUUUCCUCCUACAUUUACCAGCUGAGGUGCCUAGCAAAGUC